AUAUAAGACCGGGAGACAGCAGAAUACCAGGCAACCAUCAAGAUGCGGGGAAAUGAAUGGGAAUAGAAAGGGGAGAAAGAAAAGGAACAAUCUGGAAAGGAAAGACAUCGCCAUAAUCAGACAGCCACAGGAACAAUCAGUAAGGAUACCUUGUGGGCUUUGGUGCUGAGAGGAACUGAGCACUUAUGGACCUGUCUGGUGUACAAUGAUGUUGUUGCCCAGGACAGGCACUACAGAACAAGCUGAUGGCCACUUUCAGAAGUCUCAUUUCAUAAUAGGACUGUCCCAAGUAAUUCCACAAUGGAUCAGGAACCUUCUGCCAAAGACUUAACCGUGACAAAUGCUGAAGCUUACCAAGAACUAAGUCAAGCAGAUCUUGGAGGCAAAGCAAAUCAAAUGAGUAGCGGUGCUCGAACCACAUACGUGACUUCAUUCCUUGGAAAGCAUUUACCUACAAACAGAUUGAAAACCGACACAGACUUGAGCGCUAAGUUUGAGUCUGUGGAUUGCUCUCGAAGAAGGAAGAAAAAGCGUGGUAAAUCCAAGGCUGGCGUUGGUGCACGGACUAAAGUGAAAGCAAAGCUGGACUGGAAACUGGAAUGUGGUAAAAAGACAAGCUAUUCUACUUACUUGCCUCUCAAAGAAAUGUGGACAAAGUACAUUGAGGAACUGAUUCAAUUUUCAAGCUCACCAAAUUUAAACUUACCUGCAGCAGCUCAGAAGAUGAUGAAGGCUGAUCUUCAUGGUUGUCCUCUGUCUGUGCGAAAGUCGAAGUGUCCCAGUUACAUUGGAGUUUCAGGCAUUGUUAUUCAGGAGACCAGAAACAUGUUUGUUUUGGUGACGCCUUGUAAUGAAAUCAAAAGUAUUCCUAAAGCCAACAGUAUAUUCACUAUAGUUUUGCAUGAUUAUGUCUUCACAAUCCACGGGAAUCAGUUCAUAGUAAAGCCCGGAGAUCGUGCUGCGAAGAAAUUCAAGACAAAGCCAAGUCUUGACCUUUGAUCUUAUUAUAUUGUGAGUGUGUGUGUCUGUGUGUGUGUGUGUAGAUGAGUAUGUUUGGAAUGUGUAAAAAUGAAACAAUGGAACAGUGGCUAAUCACAAAGGAGCACAACAGUCAGGAACUGUGGAUAUCUUUGGUGUGUUUUCAUGAUAGAGUAGAACUUAAUGAGGAAAAUAAACUAAAGAGAAUGUAAAAUGACAAAAUUACAAUAUUACACAAUGUACUGUUUUUAACGUUUUGAAUUCAUCAUCCAAUUCAUUUACUGCUCUCAUUUCUUGAUUUUUCAUUGCUGAGAAAGAUUAAUAAUUUGCUUACGUUACUUCCCGACUGAGUUAAAGCUGCUUCAUAACUCUAACAACAGAAUUUUAAAAACUAUUUAAAAUUGAAGGGAAGUGAAAAAGAAAAUAUUGAAAGCAUGUACAUACACAUGUAUGUGGUGUGGAAAUGAUUUUACCAGCAGCCUACUAAUAUUGAUCUGUGCUUUAUUGGUGGUUACCUGUAAAUGAUAUAUAUAUAUUGAUAUGUGUUGAGUAGGUCUGUUAUUAUUAUUAUGAAAUGGUUCAUAAAAAUGUAACAAGUGUAAAUAAAGAUGAAAAUUUGACAUUUCAAA